AUGAGCCAGACGCCGAGGCCGCCAAAGCGAUUUGCUCCCCUCGACCCACAAGAGGGCAAUGUCUCUAGCGCUCCACCGCUGAAAGGCAUCGUGUUCGAUGUUGAUGGGACACUGUGCAAACCUCAGUCCUACAUGUUCAAACAAAUGCGAGCCGCCCUCUCCAUCGACAAAUCCACCGACAUCCUCGACCACAUUUAUUCCCUCCCACAUCCCGCUCAAGAGCAAGCUCAAGCCGCCAUCCGCGCCAUCGAAACAUCAGCAAUGAUAGAACAAGAACCCCAGCCCGGCUUGAACGAGCUGAUUGCAUACCUCGAGAGCAGAAGUGUGCGGAUGGGUUUGUGUACGAGGAAUUUCGAUGGUCCAGUGACGCACUUGCUGCAGACCUUCCUUCCAGGCAAGACGUUCGCACCUAUCGUCACUCGGGAAUUUAGACCACCCAAGCCGGAUCCGGCGGGUAUUCUGCAUAUUGCCAGAGCUUGGGAACUGGAUGAUGGAGGGGAGGGUUUGAUCAUGGUGGGCGAUUCAAUCGAUGAUAUGACGGCUGGCCACAAAGCUGGUACGGCCACGGUGUUGUUGGCGAAUGAGAGUAACGGAGACCUGAAGGAGCACGAACAUACCGGGAGAUGGAUAGAUAGAUUGGAUGAGUUGAUUGGGGUUCUGGAGGCCGGAUUCGAAGAGAGGGGGGUGGCAGAGUGA